AUGAUUGGCACUGUCUUCACAACAAUUCUUCUGGUUCUGCUCGGUGCUCUCGUGUUCUUGUCGACGCCGCAAUCGCGUCGAUUAGCGGUGUUCAUGUUCAACUUCGGCGCUCUUACUCUCGCAAUUGUGACUGGUAUUGUCAGCAACCACCUUCAGAUCCACGCCAUCCUAUCCCCUUUGGCCACCAUCAGCCCGAUUGAGAACGAAGCAUGGGUGGCGAUGUACUUGUGGCUACCCUGGCUCUCGGAAGCGGUCUUGAUCAUACGGAUAAUUGCGGUCUUCAAACAGCGCACAGCGCGUCUGUUGGCAUCGGUCCUCGUGGUCCCGAUCACGAUGAAGAUAUUCCGUGCUGUCUUGUUCAUCAUGUACCUUCGAAACUGGUGGAAGGAUAGCGCCCAUCCCGGAGCGACGAGUGCGAACUCUCGGGCCAUCGCCAGCCAGAACUGGAUUCAGAAGGCUAUUUGUGUUGCUGAGCUGACGGAUGAUGCGGUAUUUCACCUUGUAUGGAGCUCCGGAGUUCAAUAUAAGGAGCGCCAGGCUAUCUCAUAUAGCCAUCGAGACAUCAGCUCAUCGGACGCGCGAACGGCUUACACUGCAUAUACGAACAAUGAUGCGGUGAUGAUAUCGAAACACGUACAUAUCCUGCAAUCGCCCGAGUUCGUGGACAAGGAGUCGGGAAAAUGGGUAGAGCACCAGCAGCCUGAUGAAAUGCUCCUACCAGGGAUGGACUCGCCAGAUGCUCGAUGCAUAGGAAUAGCCGAGUAGUAAGUAUUCGGUAACAAACAGCGCCGAUGCCCUGUAGAAUCAACGAUUCAUUGCGGAGUGGGAUGACUGAGUAUAGGGGACAGACCAAGCCUA